GAUUUUCAUGCUGCAGCGAGGCAGUUGCAACGUGUAUUGGAGAUUGACUUUUCGCAGUCGGGAUCGUUCUCUAAUUACGCGCUGUUGAUGGAGCGCAUGGGGAACUUUGAAGCGCAGCAGCAACUGCUGGAGUAUGCGCUUGAGUCUUGUACAGAUAAUAGUGAUCGACGCAGUGGUGCAGUUGAUGGAUCGAGUGUGGAAACUCUAUUCGACAAAGCGGACCUCUCCCCGCUGUUUCCUGCCCAAUUGACGCGUGUGAACGCAUCGAAGAUUCACUUUCACUUGGCAAUGGCUGCGAUGGAAAACGGCAAUUGGUUCGAGUCCAAGAAGCAUUUUGAGGAGCUACUUGCUACUGAAGAACUGCCUCAGUCUACUGUCGUAGUUGCUGAGGCUACGAGAGAUUAUGUUUAUGUGCUACUCCAGUGUAAGCUUCCGUCGCUAGCGCUUAGGACCUGUGAGCACCAUCUGCUCAAGUGGGAAGAACGCAGUACAGGAUCCACAGCGCUGCUUUCGGCGAUCAUGGUGCAUCUGUACAAAGCGGAUGCGUUGCUGUGCUUGGAGCGCGUUGAUGAGUGCUAUGAGUACCUCAAGUUCAUCGUCGAACCGAAGAUCCAACAGCAAUUACAUCAGCGGGGGCCAGCUAGUGCGUCUGAUGCAAUCUCUCAUGAAGUUGCAGCGUGCCACACGCAACUGCUCAACAACUUAGCGGUGGUCACAGUUUGCCGCAGUGGCGUUGACGCCGCCAUCUCGCUUCUACAAGGAGGACUCCAGCAGUAUCCGGACUGCCUUGCGUUCAAAUUUAACCUCGUUCUGCUACUGUGGAGAAAGAAUGAAAAAGCCUCUGCGUGUUGUGUGUGGGCAAAAGCUCGUGGGUGGAACCUUCAAAGUGGCGCUCCAAGUCAAGCUAGUCGC